UAGGUGGCAGUACAGCAUCCAGAGUGAUUAAUAACCGUAGAAGAAAAACGGCAGGGUCUUGCGAGAUAUAAAUAAAGUACAAUAAGUCGAGUAUCUGGUUAUUUAACUUCCUUACUGGUGUCUGCUUAUGAAUUUAUGCUAUGGACAUCCACUUGGGCAGAAUAGAUCCAGGUCGCUGACGCAGAUUGACUAGAGGUUCAUCUUUAGUCGCCAUGGCGGACGACCGUCGCCGCGGGGAGGAGGACGAACGCGGCCCCGGAGCUCCUCACCAGGUGUUUGUGCUCAUGGAGGCUUUGCUGGAGAAACUAAAAGUGUUGAACUACGAAGAGGAGCUCCUGUCCAAACACAACAUGAAGACUCUGUCCAGACAUUACUUUGUGUCCAGUCGGUACUUGGCGUCCAAUCCUGGCGAGCAGUUCUACAUGUUCACCAUCAUGGCGGCCUGGCUCAUCAACGCGUGUGGGAAGUCCUUCGCCAUACCUCAAGAAGAUGACGAGCCCACCGCCAUUGUGUCCAACAUCCUGGCAGAGCUGCGUUCUUUUUACAAAUGUGCUGACAGGUGUGUGUCUCAGCAGGAGCUGAAGGUGGACAUCCCGCCCUCUAAACUGAAGUCGGGUUCGGGCGAGCACGUCUGCUUUGUGUUGGACAGACUUGCUGAUGAGGCCCUCAGGAGGCGGGGCUUCUCCUUUAAAAGGCCAAAUUACCCGACUGAAAACGCAGAAGAAGAGUCGAUGAUGGAGGAUGACACAGAGCUGACUUUUAACAAAGUGGAAGAGAUUAUGGAGGAGCCUGAUGAAGACGAGGUCAACCUGGUGGACUUGGAGGCACUGACCCUUCAGAGCAGUCGCACUGAAGCAGCCGCGGCGCUGGCUAAACCCGACAACAUCCUGCAGUCCACAGUGGACGCGGCCGAGUGGAAUCUGGAAGUGGAACGAGUCCUGCCACUGCUUAAAGUCACCAUCAGGACCGACAACAAGGACUGGAGAAUCCAUGUGGACCAGAUGCACCAGCACCAGGAUGGGAUCCAGUCCUCACUCCAAGAGGCCAAGUGCUAUCUGGACAAAGUUCAGGUGGACAUCAGUAAGACACUGGAGAAGGUGUCCAGUCGAGAGAAGUACAUCAACAAGCAGCUGGAAGACGUCAUCAGCGAGUACCGUGAUGCUCAGGCCAAACUAAGUGAGGUCCGAGAGCGCUACCAGCUUGCCAGUGGGGGUGUGGCCCAGAGGACCCGGGUCCUGGCUGAGAUGAGUGAGGAGCUGGAGAAAGUGAAACAGGAGAUGGAGGAGAGAGGAAGCAGCAUGUCUGAUGGAGCGGCAGUGGUGAAGAUCAAGCAAAGCUUGAGCAAACUGAAGCAGGAGAUCGUGAGGAUGGACGUGCGGGUGGGCGUGGUGGAGCACAUGCUGCUGCAAGCCAAACUCAAGGAGAAGUCCAACAUGAACAUGGACAUGCACGCUGCCAAUAUGGCCGCUACGGCAGCGUUCAUCUGAGUCCACUUCAACUGCAAGUACUUUUUCAGAAACCUGCAGUGCAGUCAGUUUCAAGCAUCGAUGUUUACAUCACUGUGUGGUUAAUUUUGAUACACAACAUUUUUUAAAUGCAAAAACCCCAACUUUUCUUACCUAUUGGUACCUUUGUGUGUGUAUUUGGGAUCUGCAUAAGUCCCGAAAAUUUUAAAUCAAAGAGGGACAAGCGGUAGAAAAUGGAUGGAUGUAUGAACCAUGGAGGCAUGGCAGAUAUAUUUAUAAAACAAUUGUGCCUUCCUUCAUACUUCCUCCAAAUGAGCUGUUUGGAAUGUACCCAAUUUGUGACAUUUCCCCAUUGGUGGUGUCCGCGGAUAUCUCCAUAUAUGGUAGAGAUUUACCCAAAGGGCUUUGCACGAGUCCACUAUUAUAGUCCGACGUUGUUGUCAAUAAGUUCCUUAUUUUUCUGUUGCCAUUUCUAAUAAAAAGUAGCGUAUAGUUCUAACUUACAUAUGUCAGUAGACUCGAUGUGGAAGUGCUAAAAACUACAACAUGGCUGACAGGGAGAUGACACAGCUGAAGUGGAGCCACGUAAAUAAGACCCCCCCACAAAACGACACAUACCAAGGAGACCUCAGAAAGCGGCUUGAGAUGGUCUGUAAAACAUAAUCUUUGCAAAAUUUUGAACAAAGAUCCACCAUUACAUGUUUUGUAGACCACAAUAAAUGUAGAAAAACAAAUCAUUAUAUGACCCUUUAAACUACUUCAAUCAGGUAUUGGAACGUUUUGGAUCAAGACAAACUUUAGAGACCUGAGACAAAAAGACGAAGAAGACAUUAGCAUGUCCUUGUCUACUCAAGACCCACCAAGCUCUUGUGCAUUUCCUGUUGAGCUUUGUAGAUUUAUUUACCAAUGUGAUGGACUUGAACAAAAAUGUGGAUAAAAGAGACUCAAUUACAUACUGAUAUGGUUCUGUAAGCGGGUGGGUGUUUCCUGGUGUCACCUGCUUUAGUUCCAUGGGGAAGGGUGGCUUCUUCUGAAAUUUUGCUCGACUGCAUCCUUGGAAUUGGAUGAGACUGAGGACUGAUGUUGUCACUAGUUUACAUGCUGCGGUUGGAAAACAGAAGGCUUGCAUGCAUACAUUAAUCCAACUUUUUUUAUUGGCAUUUUCAUAUAGACAGAAAAAAGUGCAAGUCGAAACAGUACAACCCGGCUUGCCUGCAUACAUUGCAUACACUUUGAUCCAUGGAUCAUCAGAGCGAACGUUCGACGCUAAAGGAAUAUAUUAGUCAAAUAUUUAGAUAGAAUACACUUCAAAAACAACAAAAUAUACAUUUUUACCCCAUAUUUUUGCAUGCUGAGUAUUAGGGCUGUCUUUGACAAAGGAUUUUCAUAGUCGAAUCGAAUUGGUUAGAUUUUGCCUAUCGUCGACUGUCUGGCUGGUCACUAGGAUUUAUUAAUAUUACAUGAAUGUGCUUUAGCAUAUACAGUAUAUAUGUGAAUAUUACAUGUUCAAUAAAUAUGUUUAUAAAAGAAGUAUAGUUAUUCCUUAAAUGGGAACUGCACUUUUUUGGAAUUUUGCCUAUCAUCCACAAUCCUUAUAAAAAACAAAAAGACAAAAUAUAUAUAUAUUUUUUGCAUUCUAACUUGUAAUAAUUGGCUCGCUCUAGGUGGCUUGCAAUGCAGCUAAUGGGAGCAAUCCAUUUUGCCUGUAAAUCGAAGGGAGGAGAACCUUUUCUCCUACGCCGUUUUCUUUAAUCUAAUAAAGCUCACCAAGUUUUUGUCAUUUUUCAGAUUGACCGUCUUAGAUUUAUUUUACAGUGUGAUUCUCUGAAGAAGAAAGUGAGAACAUCCCCAGGACAGAGACCAUCUCAGCCACCAAACCAAGCAGUUUGGUCUGCUUCAAAGGGUCUUUCCAAGAGGACCUCCCUCAGAGCGUUCCGCUCAGAGUCUAGAAAGGAUGUCCUUCGCUUCUCCUCUGCCCAGUAUAUGAAGUACAGAGCAAGCUUUGAUCUACAGUGGUCCGAUUGGAUCUCCCCACCUCUGCUUGCUUCCGGUCAUCUGGCCCUGUCUUGUGGGGGUGAUGUAUCUCACUAUCCACACACUACGGGGCGGUAUAGCUCGGUUGGUAGAGUGGCCGUGCCAGCAACUUGAGGGUUGCAGGUUCGAUCCCCGCUUCCGCCAUCCUAGUCACUGCCGUUGUGUCCUUGGGCAAGACACUUUACCCACCUGCUCCCAGUGCCACCCACACUGGUUUAAAUGUAACUUAGAUAUUGGCUUUCACUAUGUAAAGCGCUUUGAGUCACUAGAGAAAAAGCGCUCUAUAAAUAUAAUUCACUUCACUAUAUUUUUACGUCCUGCAUCUCUAGAUCUUCUGAUCCACUGUGACUAUAGCAUAGGCACAAACUUCCUGAGAGCCAUGAGUUUAUGACUGUGACCCAAUGGUUACCAUGAGGCUAAUUAUAUUUCAAAAGAAAGAGUCUGACACAAAGAAAGGGAACUGAUGAGAGCUCUAAGGAGAACACUUAGAAAUUGAUAUUAAUCUUAUCAUUUGUGAUAUGUCAAUAUCUAUACUACAUUACGAUUAUGAUUCAUACACCCAUCAUCAUAGUACAUUUGUACUAUGAAGAUGGGUGUAUGAAUCAUAAACGGUAC